CCUUACAUUGGGGGUCGGUGGGAAGAACGUCCCUUACAUUGGGGGGUCGGUGGGAAGAACGUCCCUUACAUUGGGGGGUCGGUGGGAAGAACGUCCCCUUACAUUGGGGGGUCGGUGGGAAGAACGUCCCUUACAUUGGGGGGUCGUGGGAAGAACGUCCCUUCAUUGGGGGGGUCAGUGGGAAGAACGUCCCUUACAUUGGGGGGUCAGUGGGAAGAACGUCCCUUACAUUGGGGGGUCAGUGGGAAGAACGUCCCUUACAUUGGGGGGUCAGUGGGAAGAACGUCCCUUACAUUGGGGGGUCAGUGGGAAGAACGUCCCUUACAUUGGGGGGGUAGUGGGAAGAACGUCCCCUUACAUUGGGGGGUCAGUGGGAAGAACGUCCCUUACAUUGGGGGGUCAGUGGGAAGAACGUCCCUUACAUUGGGGGGUCAGUGGGAAGAACGUCCCUUACAUUGGGGGGUCAGUGGAAGAACGUCCCUUACAUUGGGGGGUCAGUGGGAAGAACGUCCCUUACUUUGGGGGGUCAGUGGGAAGAACGUCCCUUACAUUGGGGGUCAGUGGGAAGAACGUCCCUUACAUUGGGGGUCAGUGGGAAGAACGUCUCCCUUACAUUGGGGGUCAGUGGGAAGAACGUCCCUUACAUUGGGGGUCAGUGGGAAGAACGUCCCUUACAUUCAGUGGGGGUCAGUGGGAAGAAACGUCCCUUACAUUGGGGGUCAGUGGGAAGAAUGUCCCUUACAUUGGGGGUCAGUGGAAAGAACGUCCCUUACAUUGGGGGUCAGUGGGAAGAACGUCCCUUUA